UAGGCAGGAAGCCCUCACAGGAUUUAUGCAGGAGGUAGAGAGGAUUCCUGAGAGUGAGGACACUCUGUGACUUGGGAGUGCCUGCACCAUGAGUGUCUCUGCUCUGAGCCCUAGCAGAUUUGUAGGCAGCCUCUCUGGCUUCCUCCAAGUGGCCUCGGUGCUUGCGUUGCUUCUGCUGCUGCUUAAAGUGGUCCAGUUCUACCUGCACAGGCAAUGGCUACUCAAAGCUUUCCAGCAGUUCCCAUCCCCACCCUUUCACUGGUUCUUUGGACACCAGCAGUUCCAAGGUGACCAGGAGAUAGAGGAAACUAUGAAGUGUGUAGAGAAAUUUCCAAGUGGCUUUCCUCGCUGGUUCUGGGGGAGCAAAGCUUACUUUACUGUCUAUGACCCCGACUACAUGAAGGUGAUUUUGGGGCGAUCAGAUCCAAAAGCUAAUGGUGCCUACAGGUUGCUGGCUCCUUGGAUUGGCUAUGGUUUGCUCUUGCUGAAUGGACAGCCAUGGUUCCAGCACCGGCGGAUGCUAACCCCAGCCUUCCACUAUGAUAUUCUGAAGCCCUAUGUGAACACCAUGGCUGAUUCCAUCCGAUUGAUGCUGGACAAAUGGGAACAGCUGGCUGGUCAGGACUCCUCUAUUGAGAUCUUUCAACACAUCUCCUUGAUGACCCUAGACACUGUCAUGAAGUGUGCCUUCAGUCACAAGGGUAGCGUCCAGGUGGAUGGAAAUUACAAGAACUACAUUCAGGCAAUUGGGGCCCUGAACAACCUAUUUUAUUCCCGUGUAAGGAACAUGUUCCAUCAGAAUGAUACCAUCUACAGUCUGUCUUCCAAUGGCCGCAUGGCCAACCGUGCCUGUCAGCUCGCCCAUGAUCACACAGAUGGAGUGAUCAAGCUGAGAAAGGAUCAACUGCAGGAUGAGGAAGAGCUGGAGAAGGUCAAGAAGAAGAGACGUUUGGAUUUUCUGGACAUCCUCUUGUUUGCCAGGACGGAGAAUGGCGAUAGCUUGUCUGACAAGGACAUACGUGCUGAGGUGGACACAUUCAUGUUUGAGGGCCAUGACACCACAGCCAGUGGAGUCUCCUGGAUCUUCUAUGCUCUGGCCACUCACCCUGAAUACCAGCAGAGAUGCAGGGAAGAAGUUCAGAGCCUCCUGGGAGAUGGAUCCUCCAUUACCUGGGAUCACCUGGACCAGAUGCCCUACACUACCAUGUGCAUCAAGGAGUCCCUGAGGCUCUACCCACCUGUCCCAACCAUUGUCAGAGAGCUCAGCACACCUGUCACCUUCCCUGAUGGGCGCUCUUUACCAAAAGGUAUCCCAGUCACACUCUCCAUUUAUGCACUCCACCACAACCCGGAGGUGUGGCCAAACCCAGAGGUGUUUGACCCCUCCAGGUUUGCAGCAGAUUCUCCCCGACACAGCCACUCAUUCCUGCCCUUCUCAGGAGGAGCAAGGAACUGCAUUGGAAAACAGUUUGCUAUGAAUGAGCUGAAGGUGGUAGUGGCCUUGACCCUACUCCGCUUUGAGCUGCUGCCUGAUCCAACCAAGGUCCCCAUCCUUUUACCACGACUUGUGUUGAAAUCCAAGAAUGGGAUCCACCUAUGUCUCAAGAAGAUCCACUGAUUCUGGUUGGGACGCAGACAGACUCUAUGAGUGUACUGCCUGACAUUCCAGCUUCAUGUCAUCUGUGCCUUUCACCAUCCUGCUUUCUAUCUGCUCAUUUUUCUUCACUCCCAUUUGCUCCUUGUGUCCCCCUGUCUGUACCUGCCCCACUCCUUCCUUCCUCUAGAUUCCCUGUUUCUUUCUGUCUCCUGCUAUACACAUCUGAUCCCUAAUCUCCUCUGUCCUCCAGCCUCCUCUCCUUGCCUCGUAUCUUUCUGUCAUCUUAUUUUUGUGUACAUGACUUAUUCAUAACUCUAAUGAUCAGCUGUCACAACCUUGGUUGUCUAAAAUGACAGAAGGUUAUUAUCUUACAGCUCUGGAUCUUAGAAGUUUGAAAUGGCAGAAAAGCAAGUUGUUGGCACAGCCAUCCUUCCUCUGCAGAGUUCUGUGGAGAGUCCUCCUCCUCCCCUUCUCAGAAUAAACCAUCAUUUCUUGACACUGGACUCUCACACCCACUUUAAAGCCAGCAUCCUCCAAAGCCCUCUCAACUAAUUUCCUUAACUUUUCCAAAGACUCUUGUGACAUCAUCAAGCCCACUAAAAAUCCAAUAUAAUUCUCACAUAUCCAUAUCUCUUACUCAAUCUAAUCUACUAUGCCCUUUUUAAUUAUGAGAAAACAUUCAUGGUCUCCAUAACUUAGGGGUUAAACAUCAUUGUGAAGCCGUUGUGAAGUGUGGCUUUGUAUUUACAUGGCCAUCACCCGGUCUGUUUGUCUACAUCUCUCCUUCACAGUCUCUCUCCACCUGACUGUCCCUCACACAAGAGUCUCCAUCUUCCCUGCUUUCAGCAAUAAAGUUCCCCGUGUGGCA